GUGUGGGUCUCGCCGCGCGCGGCGCUCGGUUGUAGCGGGAGAGAGUUCCUGGGUGAGGAGACCCGACAGCGGGCACCGGAGCGAGCGGGUGACCGAGCGCUUCCCCUGCCGCCAUGGCAGCCCUGCGCUACGCGGGUCUGGACGACACGGACAGCGAGGACGAGCUGCCCCCGGGCUGGGAGCAGAGAACCACCAAGGACGGCUGGGUUUACUACGCCAAUCACGCUGAAGAGAAGACCCAGUGGGAACACCCGAAAACUGGGAAAAGGAAACGAAUUGCGGGAGAUUUGCCGUAUGGAUGGGAACAAGAAACCGAUGAGAACGGACAAGUUUUUUUUGUCGACCAUAUAAAUAAAAGAACCACCUAUUUGGACCCAAGACUGGCAUUUACUGUGGACGACAAUCCCACAAAGCCAACCAGCAGACAGAGAUAUGACGGGAGCACCACCGCCAUGGAGAUACUCCAGGGCCGGGAUUUCACUGGCAAAGUCGUCGUGGUUACUGGGGCCAAUUCAGGCAUAGGGUUUGAAACUGCCAAGUCUUUUGCUCUCCACGGUGCACAUGUGAUCCUUGCCUGUAGGAGUGUGACAGCAGCCGACGCAGCUGUGUCACGCAUUUUAGGAGAAUGGCACAAAGCCAAGGUAGAAGCAAUGACCCUGGACCUUGCUCUGCUCCGUAGCGUGCAGCAUUUUGCUCAAGCGUUCAAGGCCAAGCAUGCAUCCCUUCACGUGCUUGUGUGCAACGCGGGGGUAUUUGCUCUCCCCUGGAGCCUCACCAAGGAUGGCCUGGAGACCACCUUCCAGGUGAAUCACCUGGGACACUUCUACCUUGUCCAGCUCCUUCAGGACGUCUUGUGCCGCUCAGCUCCUGCCCGAGUCGUUGUGGUCUCCUCGGAGUCCCAUCGAUUCACAGAUAUUAACGAUUCCUCAGGCAAACUGGACUUCAGCCGCCUUUCUCCAUCUAAAAAUGACUACUGGGCCAUGCUGGCCUACAACCGGUCUAAGCUCUGCAACAUUCUCUUCUCCAAUGAGCUCCACCGCCGCCUGUCCCCACGUGGGGUGACGUCGAAUGCUGUGCACCCUGGAAACAUGUUUUAUUCCUCACUUCAUCGCAACUGGUGGGUGUACACGCUGCUGUUUACCUUGGGCAGGCCUUUCACCAAGUCCAUGCAACAAGGAGCUGCCACCACUGUCUACUGUGCUGUUGCCCCAGAGCUGGAGGGCCUGGGAGGGAUGUACUUCAACAACUGUUGCCGAUGCGUGCCGUCGCCCGAAGCUCAGAGCGAAGACACGGCCCGCGCCCUCUGGGCGCUCAGCGAGAGGUUAAUCCAGGAAGCCCUCGGCAGCCAAUCCGGCUGAGCGCCGGCACCCGCGGGCGUCGUCGGCACGCCCACCCGCCCUGCGCCUGCGCGCUCACCGUGUGCGUGUGCGCAUGCGCGUGCGUAGCUGCCGACGCUGGCCCCUGGCCGACGUACUAGCUGGGGCCUCUCUGCGUCUUCCCGUCCCACCCCCACCCCCGCCCCAGGUCCGCGAGAGCAAAGGAAGCGAGAGUGGUCACAACAGAGUAAAACGUGUCAAGUGCUGAUGGGAAGCUGGGAAUGGCUGGGCCCCAGGGACAGGCCCGAUGCGGCUGGCGUCUCUUCGCUUUCCUGAUGGUGGCCUCUUUGAAAGCAAACAGUUAAUAGGUAUGCGGGUCCCUUGUCUCACCGUGGAAGCCCAAGCAGUUCUCUCGCCCUGUGUAGAGCAGCCAGGCGCCCCCCUCCGUCUCUCCCCACCCGCGGCCACCACCGCAGCCGCAGCCUUACCAUGGUGGCCACACUGUCGCCAGGAGCUGGCCUUCUCCUACUGAGGGCAGAAGAGGCGAGUGUGGGUCCCUCUUUGCUGCCCGGAUCCAGAAGGUCAUUGUUUGAUUCAUCCUGACCGAGUCUGAGGGGGCACAGCAAUGGCUGGGGGACCCUUGUUUCAGCCAGCCAGGAGGGAGGUGACACUUAGAAAUGGGUGCCAUAGACACAGCUGGUGGGUCACAGAAGGACUGGCCCGCCCACUCCCUUGCCAAAGCGGCACCCAAAAUUCUUUAGAGGUUGUAACAAAUUUUGCAAGUCACCUUGGCAGGCAAGAAAGGAAUCAUUGCGUCCGUGAGCAUAUACAGGAUAUUUGGGAGAGCCAAGGAUAAAAAGUUGUUUCCCUUCAUUCCUCAUUUGCAGCUUCUAGAAGUAACCCAGAUUACUCAGGGAGGUUCAAGACUUCCCCGUUAUCCUACUUGAGAUCUCUGCUCAGACUUUCUGUCCCUCCUCCCAUCCUACGCUUAAUAAAAGAACAUGCUUGAAUAUUA